AUGGUUUUCACACCGUCUCUUUGUAGUGCUUGUCUUGUACGGCUUGUCGCGGCCCUCUUGCUUUUUCAUUUUUCACUUUUCCUCUUCUUUCCCAGUUUUCCACAGUCUCUAUCUACUACGUAUCUUCAUUGGCACCUCUCCGAACUGCCGUAUUUCCAGUAUGAUUUCCCCGACAGCAUGAACGACGGUACAGUUGAGACCCCCAGUGAAGAACCCACCACCGCAUACGAUAACAGGGCCAGCUUCGCUCCGUACCUCUUGCAGUACCUGAUCCAGGCUAGAGGUGUGUGUCAUGAAAAUAGCCUACUGGCUGCCCUGAUGCACUUGAGUUUGGACUUGGACCCACACAGUGUAUCCACAAGGUCUCUCGAUGAGUGGUCCCGGUUUCUUGACAAAGUGGUAAAUCUGAUCAAUAUUAAACUCAGUGCCCUGGAGUACAAAGUGGCCAAAGUUAACCAUGGGGCAGGGAAGAGAGUCGUCGGCUCAAAAGUGGUUGUUCAGACACCGGGGGGCGAGGAACUGCCCCCCAGCAGUAAAUUCUACGUGUAUGUGAACUUGGCGUCCUCGAAGGAGACAGAACUGGCUACAAGGUUCACGGCAAGGGAAAUCGAGUUUGUCAAAUGGGCAAUUGGCCAAUUUUGUCUAAGCAGUUUGGAGAUACGCACGAUUGACGCAUCCAGCGCUCACGCAACGCCACUUGUCAAAGAAGUGAACAGGAUUUUGAUCGGUGGGGGGGGCACAUGGGGGAAAUACACUUCAUUCACAGUCGGGUCCUCGAAACUGUUUGGGUUCAGUUCAUUGACCCCGCUGGAGUUGGAGAAACUGAUUGUUAGACUGUGUGAUUCCAAAUGGUUUUACAGAACGGAAAGAGGGGAAGUAGGUAUGGACCUUAAAUGUGUCGUUGAAUUGGAGGAGUACUUGCUCUCAGAGUACGAACUCCCGGAAUGCCAACAGUGCCAAAAGAUUGUCACUCACGGUGUGAUGUGCGGGAACGACGCAUGCCAAUCGCAUGGAGACAGUGGGUCCAGCAGGGAAUCGUGGCAUAUAGACUGUUUCCAGCAUUACAUCGCACAUGUCAGCGAGCGUUGUGCAGCAUGUGACAGGUCGUUACAGACGGAUAACAUCUACAUAAUAUAG